CUGUUAAGGUGGAAGAUGAUAUAAUUGGCAAACCGGCUUCUAUUGCUUACCAUGACUGUCUGAGGCAGCUUUGUGAGUUUGUUGCUUUGCCAAUAGAUUCUUGUAAUGGGAAGGACCCCAUCACCCAAAAACAAUGUCAGGCAAAAGGACCUUUUGAGAUUAACAUCAAGUCAAGGGUCACAGCUGCCGUCAUUGAAUGGCUGUGUCCUCAAGGUCAUAUCGUGUGGCGGUGGUCUUCCCAACCAACUUUAAAAUUUGGCAGUCAGUUAGGAGACUUUCUAAUGGCCACCAACAUUUUGCUCACAGGCAACAACUACACAAAGGUGAAAAUGCUUUUCAACUUCAUGAAUAUGGGGAUGAUCAAUGAGAUACUUUGCGGGCAUCCAAGACAACUACUGUGUGGACACUAUAAAGGCGUUCUGGAAUGCGAGAAGAGCCAAAGUGAUUGCCAAUGUGAAGACAUUAGGACCAACUGUUGCUCUCGGAGAUGGAAGGAUGGACAGUCCAGGAUUCUGCGCCCAGUACUGUACGUACACUGCCAUGGACAAUGCCACAAGACAAAUAAUCAACGUGGUGAAUGUGGACAAGCGUGAGACUUCGCGGAAAUCGACCAACAUGGAGAAGGUGGCCUUUAUAGAGACAUUAGACACGCUGAAGCAAGAUCUUGAUGUCAUUGAGUUCUGCACUGAUGCACACAGCCAAAUAUCGGCCCUAUUCAACAAAAACAAAGGGCUGUACAAGGACAGUGGCGUCAAGCACACGCUGGAUAUGUGGCACGGAGCCAAGAAUCUUGGCAAAAAAAUCCAUGCUGCCGGCCUCCAAAAAGGCUGUUCACUAUUACUUGUCUGGAAGAAGGAUAUCUGCAACCACUUUUGGUACUGCUGCAAGGCAGCAAAUACAGUGGAGGAUUUCUGGGACAUGUGGACAGGAUUGCUACACCAUGUCACCGGAGAACACCAGUGGGGACUUGGCGGCUGUUACCAUGGCCCAUUGGAGGAAAAUGGCAACAAGGAGCUUAUUCCAAAGGGAAGCACUGCACACCGCAAAAUCACAGAACUGAUCAUGGAUGAGAGGUGGUCAAAGACGAUUCCAAAGUACUUGACCUUUAGAUCCACUGGUGCCCUGGAGUGUUUCCAUGCACACCUUCUGAUGUACGCAUCAAAACGAAUCGCCUUCGUACCACCUGUGUAUGCGGCCCGAACACUUUUAGCUGCCCUCGACUACAAUGAACACUGCAGCCGACCCUACUAUGUGAAGGCAGAUGGCAAAUACAGCUACCACAAAAUGUACAACAAAAAAAGCGGUGGCUUCUGUCUGUACAUAAAGAAGGUCAAGAAGAGUUAUGAGUACAUAAAAGACCUCCAGUGUGCCAUCCUACGCUGCAAGUUGGACCAGUUGGCGGCAGGGAGGGGCAUGCCUCGGAAAAGAGCGAUGAGACCAGAUGACCCCCGACGACUUGGGACUCUCAGUGGUGUCCCUGCACCAUCAACGGAACAAAUUUUGGAGACUCAACGCAGCAGAGGUCGUGGUGAGUUGACAUGUGAUUGUGACACCUACUGUUUUUUUUAAUAACAUCUCUCAUUGGAGAAGGAGCAUAACUUCUCCUUAUAUGUUACCUGUUAGAUUGUCCAUAAACGCAUAAUCGAUGGAAGAUAAAGUUAAAUCUUUUUAUCUGGCUAGUAAUACCUAACUUUGCAAUUUUGUCCAAUGUUACAUUUUGAUUUUUAUUACUCUCUGUCAAGGUGAACCACUCCCGCAAAAGUAGAAGACGAUCUGCACCAACCAGGGCUUGUCCUGGCAUCAAACCUGCCGUCUUGUCUGCAAGGACUACCAGAGAACUCCGGAUAUAAAGCAAUAUUUUGAAAAUGUAGACUUAUGUCAUUGGUUUCCAUAAUGUAAGAUGUGUGUUUUUGGGAUCACUGAA